GCGCUCUUGACAGGUCCAUGCCGCAACGUAAACAAUACCAAUAUAAAACGUACGAAUUAACAGCUGACUUGGGGAACAGCUGAUUAUUGUUAUGUGGACAUAACGGGCCUGUUAUAAAGAUUUAUAGCGAUAAGUAUUUUAAGACUGCAGUUUAAUGUUGAAUAUGAAAUUGAAGUUUGUAAAGGAAUACGAAAGUUACUUUUUUAAUGUGGUAAUCUCUGACAUAAAACCAAUGGCGCGCGUGAUCGUUUGGUGUGUCCGCCUGUUUAAUAGACCGUUUGAGAUAUGCCUUUGAUUUUGAGUUUAUUCACGUAAACGAAGGCCGCAGUUUGCGUGGACGCGGACGCGGGAGUUGGCAGCGGCGCACGCGUCGCGGCGACGGCGCGUCAUGCCCUGACUCGGAGUCGGGAGCGCGUGCUCCGCCAGUGCAGCCUUGUCCGUCGGAGGAUAUGUCCCUGUUAUGGACUACCAAUGCAUCGUCGUGUAUACGGUCAUUAACAUCGCUCCGCCGCGGUUCGACCAAAAUGCGGAAUUUUCCGAUGGCUGUAUCACGUGGCUUAAAAACAAAAUCAAAAGAACGGUAGCAGUCUAUCUACGGUCGUUGAAGCUAACUCCCAACAAUGGCAUAACUCACGGCAAUCUUGCCUGCUCGUACUACAAACAAGGCUUAAUAGAUCUCGCAAUAGACACAUAUAAGCGCGCCAUACAACUUCAGCCUAACUUUCCAGAUGCCUACUGUAAUCUAGCUAAUGCUCUAAAAGAGAAAGGGCACGUCUCCGAGGCAGAAGAGUGCUAUAACGUGGCUUUACGUUUAUGUCCCUCUCACGUUGACACUCUAAACAAUCUCGGCAAUGUUAAGAGGGAGCAAGGAAGAAUUGAAGAGGCAACUAAUUUAUACUUAAGAGCUUUAGAAGUGUUUCCAAAUUUUGCGGCCACUCAUAGCAAUUUAGCGUCCCUCUUACAGCAACAAGGGAGGUUGACAGAGGCAUUAGCGCAUUAUAAACAAGCUAUAAAUAUACAGCCAAAGUUUGCCGAUGCUUACAGUAACAUGGGUAACACAUUAAGAGAAAUGCAAGAUAUGAAUGGCGCUCUUGCUUGUUUCAGAAAAGCUAUCGAUAUCAAUCCUACUUUUGCUGACGCGCAUUGCAACUUGGCAAGUAUUUACAAAGAUUUGGGUAUUAUUAAUAAUGCAGUUGAAUCAUAUGAAAAUGCCUUGAAACUUAAACCGAACUUCCCUGAUGCUUAUUGUAAUUUAGCACACUGUUUGCAAAUCAUUUGCAAUUGGGAUGGCUAUAACGAACGAAUGCAGAACAUUUUAGCGAUAGUUGAUGAUCAAUUAAGUAAUGAAAAAUUACUUUCUGUACACCCACAUCAUUCCAUUUUAUACCCAUUGUCGAACGAAACCCGGAAAGAAAUCGCCGCCCGACAUGCUACCUUAUAUGUUGACAAAGUAAACAUGUUGGAAAAAAUAAAAUUUAAGUUCCCAACAACAUUGCAUGGGAGGUUGAAGAUUGGUUAUGUGAGUAGUGAUUUUGGUAAUCACCCCACGUCACAUCUCAUGCAAUCGAUACCAGGACUACACGACUCCUCACGGGUCGAAAUAUUUUGUUAUGCUUUAAAUCCAGAUGAUGGAACCACAUUCCGUAGUAAGAUUAAGGAAGAAUCUGAAAAUUUUGUUGAUUUAUCUUCUGUCACAUGUAAUGUUAUAGCGGCUAAGAAAAUAUAUGGGGAUGGGAUUCAUAUAUUGGUCAACAUGAACGGAUAUACUAAGGGAGCGAGGAAUGAAAUAUUUGCUUUGAAACCAGCACCUGUUCAAGUGAUGUGGCUCGGAUACCCCGGUACCAGUGGAGCCGAUUACAUGGAUUACAUAAUUACUGACGAAACAGCAUCCCCAAUAUCAUCAGCCGGAUAUUUUAGUGAGAAAUUAGCUUUUAUGUCACAAACUUAUUUUAUCGGUGACCAUAUGCAAAUGUUUCCUCAUUUAAAACAUCAGUUCAAAGUAAAGGGUGACGACGAACGAUUUGAAGGUACCGUUGCAAUAAUCAAUUCUCCCGAAAACUUAAUUGAACCACUUCUAGUAAAGGAAGAGAACGAGGUUGUACAGUUUGAGAAAUAUCCACCUAUUCAAGUGCUUACGAGAGAAGUAUACAUUCCAAAUAAGGUUAUUGAAGUUUUAAAUACUUCUCGUCAAUCGCAGGUAUUUUUCAACGAUAUGGCAAUAUACAGUGGAGUUUCGAUAAAUAAUAACAACAAAAAAGUUGCAUCUGGUGAAGAGAUCCUACAUAAUGUCAUAUUUACAUCGAGGAUGCAGUACAGUCUUCCAAAAGAUGCAAUAGUGUAUUGUAACUUUAAUCAAUUAUACAAGGUCGAUCCAGGUGUUAUGAGCAUGUGGGUGCAAAUAUUAAAGGAAGUACCAAGGAGUGUUCUUUGGCUUUUAAGUUUUCCUGCUGCUGGGGAACCAAAUAUACGAAAAGCUGCAGAGGAUUUAGGUUUAGAGCCAAGCAGAAUUAUUUUUACUAAAAUCGCAUGUAAAGAGGAGCACGUGCGCCGCGGGCAGUUGGCGGAUAUUUGUCUGGAUACGCCUCUGUGCAACGGGCAUACCACGGCCAUGGACGUGCUGUGGGCUGGCACUCCGCUGGUCACUAUGCCCGGAGAUACCCUAGCGUCAAGAGUGGCUGCAUCGCAAUUGAAAACAUUAAAAUGCCCAGAACUGAUCGCCAGCAGCAAGAUGGAUUACGUUAACAUUGCAGUUAAGUUAGGAUUAAACUACCAAUACCGCCGAUACGUCCGCGCGAAAGUCUCCGAGGCUCGCUUCACCAGUACUUUAUUCGACUGUACACAUUACGCGCGUGGAUUGGAGUCUUUAUAUGAUAAAAUGUGGAAGCAAUAUCAGAAUGGCGAGGAACCAAUCCAUAUGAAAGCGUUUACAUAAAUAUUGUUUCGAGUGUUACGAGCUUUCGGAAAAACGGUUAUUCAAUAUAUCUCAAAAAUUGGGUAGU